GGCGGCGGCGGCGGCGGCGGAGCGGGCCAUGGCCGCGGCGGGCAGCGGCGUGGCGGCGGCGGCGGCGGCGGCGGAGGCGGGGGCGGCGUUCAGCACCGCGAACAGCGGCCGGGUGAACGGGCUGAGCCGCCCGCCCGGCGCCAUCGCCAUGAAGGACCACGACGCCAUCAAGCUCUUCGUGGGGCAGAUCCCGCGCAACCUGGAGGAGAGCGACCUCAAGCCGCUCUUCGAGGAGUUCGGCCGCAUCUACGAGCUCACCGUCCUCAAGGAUCGCUUCACCGGCAUGCACAAAGGCUGUGCCUUCCUCACCUACUGCGCCCGCGACUCGGCCCUGAAGGCGCAGAGCGCUCUGCACGAGCAGAAGACGCUGCCGGGGAUGAACCGCCCCAUCCAAGUGAAGCCGGCCGACAGCGAGGGCCGAGGAGAAGACAGGAAGCUCUUUGUGGGCAUGCUGGGGAAGCAGCAGAGCGAGGAUGAUGUCAGGCGCCUCUUCGAACCCUUCGGCCAGAUCGAGGAGUGCACCAUCCUCCGAGGGCCCGAUGGGGCCAGCAAAGGUUGUGCCUUUGUGAAAUACGGCAGCCACGCCGAGGCGCAGGCUGCCAUCAACAGCCUGCACGGCAGCCAAACCAUGCCGGGCGCCUCGUCCAGCCUGGUGGUGAAGUUUGCGGACACGGAUAAGGAGAGGACCCUGCGGCGGAUGCAUCAGAUGGCGGGGCAGCUGGGCAUCUUCAACCCCAUGACCAUCCAGUUUGGCGCCUACGGGGCCUAUACGCAAGCGAUCAUGCAGCAGCAGGCAGCCCUGAUGGCGGCCGCGCAAGGGACCUGCCUGAACCCCAUGGCUGCCAUCGCCGCUGCCCAGAUGCAGCAAAUGGCCGCCUUCAACGUCAGCGGGCUGGUGGCUGCUCCCCUCACUCCCUCUUCAGGUACGAGCACCCCCCCCGGUAUCAGCACGGCACCCGUGCCCAGCAUCGCCACCCCGAUUGGGGUGAACGGCUUCAGCCCGCUGCCGCCGCAGACCAACGGGCAACCCGCCUCCGAGACCAUCUACACCAACGGCAUCCACCCCUACCCAGCUCAAAGCCCCACGGUGGCAGAUCCCCUCCAGCAAGCCUACGCAGGCAUGCAGCACUAUGCAGCAGCGUAUCCCACCGCCUACGCGCCCAUCAGCCAAGCCUUUCCUCAGCAAGCGCCGAUCAUCCCGCAGCAGCAGCGAGAAGGUCCCGAAGGCUGUAACCUGUUUAUUUAUCACCUGCCCCAGGAGUUCGGGGAUGCGGAGCUCACGCAGAUGUUCUUGCCUUUCGGCAAUGUCAUCUCUGCCAAAGUCUUUGUGGACCGUGCCACCAACCAGAGCAAGUGCUUUGGUUUCGUCAGUUUUGACAAUCCAACGAGCGCUCAGGCAGCCAUUCAGGCCAUGAACGGCUUCCAGAUCGGCAUGAAGAGGCUAAAAGUCCAGCUAAAGCGGCCGAAAGAUGCCAACAGACCCUACUGACCCCUGCUCACCCUGGCCCUGCGGAGAGGUGGGGCGUCCCGUGGUGUCUGACGACUUUCCCCUUCCCCAAGUGCAGUAUCCAAACCCGUAACUCUCUUUCUUUGCAACGCGUCCCGGAGGAGGAGGGAGGAGAGGAGGAGGUGACGGAGGAAACAGCGAAGAAGAGAGCCAUUCUGGUCGUAGCUUUUCUUUUCGUUUUUGGUAUUUUUCCCAAACCGGUCUUGUUUGUUACUUAACGGGAACGAGAAGAGAGAGGAAGACGAGGAAGGAGGAGAGCGAUGCGGCGCUGGGGCUGAGAUUUACCGCCGGCCAUUUGCCGGGACUCACUGAAUCCCUUGCUGGGAGGAAGGACGACAGUCCCGGGCAGCCGGGAUACGAUCUACCUUUGUUGUUGUUUUUUAUUUUAAAGCACUCAUUUGCUGCUACCGAUUUCCCAGGAGAAACGAGGAAAAGAGGCUGCAAACGGAUUCUUAUAAACCAAAGCCGGUGGGACGGGACCAGCCUCGGGCGCUUCACCUGGACGAUGCUUGUUUGGAGAAAGGAAAACGGCAAGAUUUUCUUUUUUCCCCACGUCGGGGAUAAAAAAAAAAAAAGGAUCAAAGGAUGUUGGACUUAUAGAAGAUAUAUAUAAAUAAGUAUAUAUAUAUAUAUAUCCCAUGGAGCAGGGCAGCGGGACACGCGCUUCCCCCUGCUCGUCACUGGCACAGGGACAUAGGAUUACUUGUUUCAGAGUCAUAUCAUUCCUUAGAGUUUAGGGACCAAAGGACUAUUGCUUUUUUUAAAUAUAUCU